GUUUCCACAAUCGGGUGUUCUGAUAUCCUCUACACGCAUCUCCUGAUGCUUCAAUUUGACUUUCAUAGACUUUGGAAAUAAGUUCAUGGAUCGAUCUCGUCGUAGCUAUGAUGCUGGAAGCAAUACAAAAUGAUUGGGCUUGAUGAAAUUCGGGAAACAAUUUCACAGUCAUUAAGGAAGCCAAAAACUACAGCGCAGUUCUGUAAUCCCCGACCGUUGCUCUCGCAACCGAGCCGUUCAUCUGCAUCUUGUACCAAGAUUUUGAGUUUCCAUCCUAAUCAAGGUACAAAUGAAGUCCUUGGCGCUCGCGUCGAGGAACGCUUUCUAAGAGAGCCAAGUGCCAGAUCAAGACUUUCCCUUCACGACUAUCCGCAUUUUAUGGCAUUCCCGGCUGCAAGAUAUGCAAAGUUCCAUGGCGAGUGGCAGUGA